AUGUCAACUAUUGAUAAUUCUAAUACUACUUAUCUUCAUUCUUGUUACCAAAAACAACAACCUCAAGAACAACAACAAUCUAGUCCUAAUAAGCUGUCAACAAUCCCUAAAUUAUCUAUUCAUCCACCUGGACCAACUUCAUCUACAAACCCUACUAGUAGUAAUAAUACUAGUUUCCCAUUUAUUAGUCCUAUUACACCUGGUAGUUUUGAUUUCUCCAAACCAUGUCCAUUAUCAGCUGAAACAAUUAAUAGUAAUAACGCUAAAUUUACUCCCCUGUUUAAAUCACCUUCACCAACAACAUUAACUUUCAAUCAACUACCCAAUAACAUCCAUAAACAAACUAUUGAUACAUUACAACCAACUCAUUAUGAUUUAAUUGUGGAUAUAAGAGGAUAUAACCUUUAUACUAUCAAUCGAAUAACUAAUGCCAUCAAUUGUUGUAUCCCGACAACUUUAUUAAAACGGAAUUCUACAGGAUUGAAAACUAUUUUGAAUCAACUGAUUAAUUUGUCAUCAGAUUUAAAAUCAAUUAUUUUCAAUCAUUUAGAAUCAAAUUCUAGUUUAUCAAAUUUUAAGAAAUUAAAUAUAUUAAUAUAUGAUCAUAAUUCUAAUUAUGAUUUUAUAUCAUUUAAUUUAUAUCAUACCAUAUUAAAAUUUAAUCAAUUUCCCAAUCAUUUUAAUAUUAGCUACUUGGAAGGUGGGUUUUAUCCAUUGAAAAAUGAUAUUGAAAAAUAUCAUCAUCUAAUAGAUGAUUCUGAUAUUUCCAAUAAUAAUACUAAUUUACCUACAAUGAAUAAUAAUUCAAAAUUACAACAUCGUAAAGCCAAAAGUUUAUCUGGUUUAACAUUACCAACCAUAACCAAAACUACAUCAAUUAGUAAUAAUCCUCCUACUUCAUCAUCAAUAAAUAAUGCUUUUUUACAAUCAAUUCAUAAAAAAUCUAAUGGUAAUAAUGAACCAAUACUGGAAGAAUUACGUAAUUAUCAAUUAAAAAUACCUUAUAAUGAUUUACAAUAUAUUCCUAAUUGGUUAAAUAAUGUUCAUUUAUAUGAAAAUUUUGAAAAAUUAGAAAAUUCUGAAAAAACCAGUAUCAAUAAUAUCUUCACCAACACUACAUCUAAAUUAAAUCCUAUUAAUAAACUUGGUGAUAAUAAUGAUGAUAUUAUGUCACCAUGUUGUAUGUCAUGUCAAAAAAUUGAAUUUAAUGUACCUAGAGGAAUAGAAUAUGGUUAUAAAAAUCGAUAUAAAAAUAUUUGGCCUUAUGAUCAUUCAAGAGUUAAGCUAGCAGCAGAUGCUGCGACAAGUGCCAAGUCUAACAACAACAACAACAUCAUCACCUCAUCAACUAAUUGUCAACCAUUUAUUGAUGAUUAUUUUAAUGGGAAUUUCAUUAAUACCAAUUCAAUAAUUCCUAAUAAUCAAUUCACUUAUAUUGCUACUCAAAAACCUUUAACUUCAACAAUUUGUGAUUUUUGGAAUAUAAUUAAUAAUGAAAAUAUUCAAAUUAUAAUUAAUUUAGAUUAUGAAUCAAUUAAUUAUUUCAAUUAUCAUGAAUUUGUUAAAUUGGUUCAACCAAUAUCAAAAUAUAGUAAUAAUAUUAUGAAAGUUUAUUUGAUUAAUGAAAAGAUUUAUUAUAUACAAUAUUUAUCAUGGCCAGAUUUUGGUAUACCACAAGAUUAUCAAAGUUUUUUACAAUUAAUAAAUUUGAAAAAUAAAUUAACUAAACAAUUUAAUUUGAAUAAAAAAAUUUUGGUACAUUGUUCUGCAGGUUGUGGUCGUACUGGAGUAUUUAUUACUUUAGAUUCUUUAAUUCAAGGUAUAAUAAAUAAUGAUAACCUAGAAGAAGAAGAACAGCAACAACAACAACAACAACAACAACAAGAUGUGGUUGUUAAAUUGUCGGAUAAAUUUAUAUAUAAAAGUUCAAAAGAUUUAAUUUAUAAAUUAAUUCAACAUCAAAGAAAACAAAGAAUUUCAAUGGUACAAAAUUAUAAUCAAUUUAUUGCUUGUUAUGAGAUUUUUAUUAAAUUUUUAAUCAAUUAUGAGAAGAGUCAGAGUAACCAGGAUUAG